CCCCCCCCAGCUUCCUGGCAAGUCAUUGUUACACUCCAGAAGGCGAGCAGGGAGGCCUAAUGGUGGUCUGGUAGGGUUACUCUUUAUUUUUAGGGCUUUUUGGGGGAGGGGCCUUAGGAAGGAAGUGGGUGCCGUCUCUCAUCUUUGGGCUCCAGGAGCCCAAAAGGUGCAAGGUGAGGACUGGCCCCCGUGUAGUCCCAGUACUACCUGGUAGUCCAUAACCCCUUAGAACCAGGCCUUUCAUUAAUUCGGAAUAAAGCAGGGUUUUCUUGAAUUAAUUUGCUUUUACAGGAUAUGUCGUUUGGGUGCCUCUGGUAAAAGUGCGAGACUUGCGUAUUUUAGGCCUUGUCUGGGUGGCCCCUUAAUGUGGCAGAGCAGAACUGCUUGGAGAGGAGGAAUGGAUGAACAUGCCUGCUCCCUCCACUUACCUCAGCAGAGUGAUCCAGCGAAUGAUAAACUCUUCCAUCAACAAUUACAAAAAAAAACAAAAAAAAACAAAAACCAUUUGAUGUAACCUAUGGGAAAUGAAGCAUGGGUAGGAUAUUACUACAAGACUGGGAAAGAUUUCAAUAUUUUUUAAAACUCAAAUGGAUUUAUUCUUUGUUCAAGAGUUCACAAGUAUUGCAUUGGACUGGUUACAUGCAAACAAUACCAAUCAUGGGAAGUCACUCCUGUAAACCCCCAUAUCUGGUAAGAAUCCCCAAACCUUGAAAUCUUGUGAUGGCAGGCCGGAAGCCAACACAAGGAGAGGGAUUUUGCUACUUGUACUGGCCACAAUCGCAAUAGACUCCCCAACAUUGGUGUAUAAUAUGAUGAUCAUGUGUUCAACAGAAUGAAUGGGAUUUAGGGUGUCACAUUUAAUGAUUGUAUGAAACACAGUUAUCCUGAAAUAAGGGGCAUACAAGACACCUAGCAACCCCAGCACAAGGUAACAUGGAAAACUAGACUUAAUGUUCAACUGGUAUAAAGAGUGACCUUUUAAAAUAAUCAGAUAAUUUUAUCAUAGCUAUUUUCAGAAGACUUCACAGUGCAAAAAUUAUGUGUUGCAUAUUACACUUAUAUCAAAGUAACUCCACUGGUUGCCAGUUAGUUUCCGGGUAAAGUACAAAGUGUUGAUGCUGAUCAUUAAAGCUCUACAUAGUUUGAGUCCAGGUUACCUACAGGAUUACCCCCCCCCCCCCUCCUCCCGAUAAUCUGUCCUGGACACUGAAGUGGAGGGGACAUUUAUCUCAACCAGCUGAAACUUACCUGGCAACUGUUACCCAGAGACUGGAAUGACUUGCUAGAAGCGAUCCAACAGCAAAAUGAGAUGUCAACAUUUAAGAAACAAGAAAAAAAAACCUAUGUAGAUUUUUGAUAUGUUUGAUAUGUUUUCAUCAUUUGAAAGACUAUUUUAGUCGAUAUGCAUAUGUUUUUACAGUUUUAUAAUAUUGCAUUUUACUAAUAUUGUUAUAGUCUGAAUCUGCAUUGAAUUAUUGCCAUAGUUUGUAAGCCGCCCGGAGUCUCCCUUCGGGGGUGAGAAGGACGGAGUAAAUAAAUAUCUCUUCUGGUAGGCCUACCUCAACCAACUUCGAACUGUGGAUUUUAAAUUUGCAUUUUAUUCAUAUGUUUUAAACUUUGCAUUUUGGUAUAUGUGUUUUGGCUGUGUUGUACCCCACCUUGAGCUGUGAGAAGAGAUGAGUAAUAAAUAAAAGUUGCUGUUAUUACUACAUAAUCUUUGUACAUAGAGGGACCAUUUACUUGUCACAAUCAACUUUGCCUUCAAGUGAUGUUUAGAAAAUGAUUUCUGUAGUUGAAAUCAAGUAAACGAUUAAUGAAGUAAGGAGCACGAACUUGGAGCUGAAGCCGUAAAAAUGAUAGAUCCCCAAGGGCCACCCGGUCCAAUCCCAUUAUGUCAUGCAAGAAUACACAAACAAAGCACUCUCAACAGAUAGAGAUCCGGUUUCUGUUUAAAAAAUUCCAAAUAAGAUAUAAAAAGAGGGAUUUGCAUUAUGGGGAAAAGGGGCCAAAUAAGGACACCCCCUCAAUAGGAACUCUACCAUACCAAAUAUUUUUUUCUUUGGGCUCCCAAAUAUCUAGCAUAAUAGAACAUGAGACAUUCAAAAUCUUUCACAGCACGAACUCUUCCACUUGCUGUGUUUACAUCAUCUGGGUAAUUUUGUCUGCCACCUUUUCUUCGGAUGCUGGAAUUCUGUUUCUACAUACAGUGCUAAAAAUUUGGGGAUUGGGGGAAAAUGUAAUGGAGUGAGAAGAAUUAUUCAUGGACAAUAUAUUCAUUUUUUUGCUCUCCCUGCUACAUUCCUAAGUGGAAGACUACAUGAGAAGGUGAAGGAAGAAAGCAAAUGUCUGAGCCACCAGCUGAUUGCACAAACUGGCAAAUUUUGUGCUUUUCAACCUCCAUUGUGUGUCUUUUGUCUUGUGUUCUCUUUUCCUUGCCUGUCUACUUUUCAAAACUGAAAGGUGUUCUGCUUUUAGGCUGUGUAUGUGUGAUGUUGAUGGAGAGGGGGGAUAUUUGCUCCCUCUCUAGUUUUAAUUGCAUGUUAUGUGUUGUGGACUCCACAGCAUUUCAUUCCAUCCUCUGAGUUCAUAGUUCCCAACAGAUUAUUUUGAGGGCAACACAAUCUUCCAGGAAAAGGGCCUGCUCCAGGCAUGUUGAACAGAUGUCUUGGAGGGGAGUCUGCCAAACAGGGAGAUUUGGCAGAAGCAUAUUGAUGGCCCAUCAGUACUUAAAGGUAUUUCCAUAUUUUAGUUUACAAGAUCAAUUUGGGGAAAAUUCGUUUUUUGGACUAUAUCUACUGUACUAUAACCCCCAGGCAUAUACUGUACGCAAUGAACUUUUUAGUUAAUCUUUCAAAGCUUACUCAUGGAGUAACUUAGCUGGCAUGGAGAGUACGAGAUAUUUGAGCAUUUUAAAGGUAACAUGCUAUUGCUUAUUGGUCCUACUCACUUUAGCAGUGUAAAAAUAUGUACCUUCCAGCUGUUCCGGUUUGUGCCCUUCCAGACAGGCCCUUUAUCCCAGGUUUUCUGUUUAUCCCAGAUUAUCUGGCAGUGUGGACUCAUAUAAUCCAGUUUAAAGCAGAAAACCUGUGAUCAGAUCCUGGGAUAAAGGGUCUGUCUAGAAGGAGCCCUUGUCACUGUCAUUUCUCAUCGAUCCUUUCUUGCCCCACUUUCUCCCAUUAUCUCUCUUGUUGAGGGGACAUAAUCGUAACUUCAGUGUGCUCAGGCAAAAGCAAAGUCCAAUGGGUCUUCUGAGUGUGCAUGUUUGUGUGUGUGCUUCUUCCAUAGAUCCCAGUUUUCAUCUGCGAGAUGUUGGAUGCUAUGAAAACCUUGGAAGAGGAGGAGAUUAGUGAAGGCUGCUGCCAGAGUAGUGUUCGUCAUCACAAAGCAGCUCACACUGAACAUGCAGGACAGUUUGUCUGCAAUUUCCUGUGUGUCCUCUGAAGCAAUUGUGAUUUCUGGAUUACAGUACUGCUAGAUGUAGCAAAUAUGAGUAAACAGUUCUUGCAGUGGUGAGAAAGAUUCAGUGGGGCUCCCAGACAGCUUUAAUGAAUUGAGUAAAGCUAUUUGGCUUCUUCCUAAAUGAUCUGGGAUUGGGGAUAAGCGCUCAAGUGGCUGAAUUUGAGAAGAUACGUGAUUAUUCAGAGCAGCAACAAGCUAAGCAACUUGCAGAUACUUUCUAAAGGAUCUCAACAAAAUAGGUAAUGGUGCAAACUUUGUUCAGUGUUAACUAAUUAUAAAGGAACAUGCAUUGAGGUAAAAAAGAGAGAACAAAUGAAGUGAGGGGGGAAUUAGGAAAGAAAGGGAGUGAUAUCAAAUAGACUUCUUAAAAAUCAACGGUAGAGUGACUCUAGGAAUACAGUAUACAGUUCCCUGUUCUAUCUCAGAAAUUGUGAGUUUGAACUGGGAAAGUCAAAGAAAUGGCAAACUAAUGAUCAAAUUUUCAUAUUGAAAAUCCUGUCCAGGUAUUUACUCUUCAAAGUUAUAAUUGGAUAGUGAUGGGGAAGUGAUCAUGAAGGGUUGCAAACCAAGAAUGGAUUUAAUGUGCCAAGCUUGAAGAUGGUGGAUUAUAAAGUUAACUAGGAAAUUAUAGGCAUUAUAGUCCAAAGGAUUUGGACUUUGACAAGAUUUGCCUAUAUUUAUAGAGGAGCUAUCCUUUCUGGAUCUGAGCCAACAGUGAUGUGAUGAAGGAAAUUGAGGUCCCUUCUAACACUGCUAUAUAAAAUCCAGAUUAUCUACUUUGAACGGGAUUAUAUGACAGUGUAGACUAAGAUAAUCCAGUUCAAAUCAGAUAAUGUGGAUUAUCUGCUUUGAUGAUCUGGAUUAUAUGGCAGUGUAGAAGGGGCCAGAGAUAACAAGUGGUCCAUGUGGACUAGAUGCAUGCAGAGCAACUUUAUUGCAGGAAGGUGGCAAACCAGCACUGAAGGAAGGCUGUUACCUUUGGAAGGUACCAGCAUGUUUUUUCUCCAGGAAUGUGACCUUUGGUGGUCGUUCCUAUUGUUUGAUUCUGUGUGCAACCAGCUUCCGGUCUGCCACUUCCCUGCAAAACCUGUCUUCUGCUAUUGACGAGGAAACCAUGGUCCUGGAAUUUUCCUUGUGCCAUAUGGCAUGGCAUACAAGUGACAUCAGGGGAUGAGAUUGUCCCCUUCUUCCCCUGCUGUAAUCAAACAUUUAUAGGAUUUUAUUUUGCAAAGCUCCCAUGAAACCGUGAAGUUAUUUUUUAAAGUAUUUUUACAAAUAUUUUACAGAGCAGCAGAACUGGGGGACAGCAGAGUUUUGUCCCUAACAGGAAGUAUAGCCACAACAUCAUAGGUUGGCUAUUUUAACACCCUGAACUCCUCCAGCUAGCCAGAGGGUGAAUUCCCUCUCCUCACACCCCCAGGCACAGGAAUUCGCAUUGAAAGAAAAUUGCCAGGCCUCUACGCCAUUUAAAAUUAAAACGUAUCAGGUUUUGUUUUCAAAAUAAGAAGUGAGGUGCUAGCUACUUCCAUUUGUUUUAUUUCUUGGUACUUUUCACAGCCCAGGUCACCCCCAGACAAUCUUAAGUACAAAAAAUUGGCCCUUAGACCCACUUGGGCCAUAGCAUUUGAGAGAGUUGUGGACUUUCACUAGGCACUUUCAACAGGUUUUCCACUAUGAAGGAUGUGCAACAUACAAGGGAAACUUUUUUCUCAUGCUGCUCUUUUCACCCACAGAAUUAGCAGUAUCUAUCUUCUGGAGUCAGCCCUGAAAUCCAAAACUCUUCCAUUAUUCCUAUUUGGCAGGGCUAGUCCCAAUUAACCCUUUGUUGUCCCACUUUCCCAGCUGCUUUUAAAAUGUCCCCGUUUCAUUCUCCAACUUCCUCCUUUGCCCUCCAGCUUAGAUCAAGUGCUGAAAAUUGACUUUGAUGCACAAAAGCAGGUUGCUCUCAAUUAAUUCAACAAAGAGGAAAGAGAAAGAGGCAGAAUCUUAGUCUUGCAAAUAAGACCUGGCAAAAGCAAAUGGUUGUAGUGACAUAUAACUCUCUUUGGCUAUCUUGACCACAUGCUGGUGUUGUUUGACCAUAUGUCCCAGCUUUCAUGUGUGAAGUGUUGAGAUGUAUGGAAUUCCUCUAUUUUUCAGUCACAAAGUGCAGUGAUCUUCAGGAUUACAAUGCUUUUCCCUAUAGUUUUUUUUCAGACAAUAGUACACAGUGUAUAAGUAAACAUUAUCUUGUCAGUGAUCUGUAGCAAAAGGGUGGGUGAGCAGAUAGAUAUGAGGAAGAAUUACAUUAGAUGGAAACAUCUUGGCAUCAAUCUUAUAUUACCAACUGCAUAACUGGUGGUAGGGUGGGAGGAGAGUGGCAUUUCCUGAUGAAAUGAUCUUGAAAACCUUUAUGCAAAUAAGAAUAAGACAUUAAUAAGACAUCGUUGGUAGCUUUCAUGGAAAAGUUCAUUCAGUUUUCCCCUCCCACAUUUUAUGUGAAGAGUUGCCAGAAACGCAUAGCAAAAAGGAAGCUGAUGACAUCGUGAUAAAGGAAACUCUGAUUAGAAGGAAACUGACAUGCCGCCUCAGAGCUAAUCACAGCUCUUAUCGCAACUGGCAGGAUUCAGAGGUACAUAAACUGUCCUAGGAAAAAUUGCAUUGACCAUGAAUGUUCAGGGCCAAAUGAGUACUGAAGAAAUGUCGUGUUAGAAAGCAAUGCUAUUUUACUGGAUUAUCCUGCUAUUAAUGAAAAGUGCUGAAUCCAGAGAUUUUAACAUUACAGGAUGUCUUCAAAAACCCAGUGAUUUGAGGUAUCGAGCUAUCAGUGACCAGAAAUUUGUUGUAUCCUGUGACUUACUAUCUGAGGACCCCACUGUGAUCUUCAACUCUUCUCAUCUGGAUGAAAGCCAGGUGCAGUGGUUUCGGCAAUCAAGUGAUGGAGGAGUUAAAAUGGACUUCAAGAAUGCAACCAGCAACCCGACUCUUUGGGGGAAUGCCCUUUGGUUUAAUCCACUGAAAGUCCAACAUUCUGGCACAUAUGUCUGCAUCAAUAGGGAAAAGAUAUCACCAUGCAUUAAUAUUUUUAUAGUUGUUGAAACAAAAAAUGUGGCCGAUUGCUCAGGUGACAGCGAGAAUGAGAAGUAUCUAUUUAUUUCUCAAGGAACAUCUAUUGCUUGCCCAGGAAAAGAUUGUUACCAUCAUUUUCAGCAUUCAUCAGUUAAAUGGUACAAGAAUGGAAGUAAAAUGAAACAUCAUAAUAUCGAAAGACCUGGUCUACAGUUUAAGGGAGAUAAACUGGUAUUACGUACUGUCUAUGACAAAGAUAAUGGUACUUAUGUGUGUGAUUAUACAUUGGUUGACAACAGUGCUCAGUGGCAAGUGAGAACAGUAGUUGAAGUAAUUAUUAUCGCGAAAGACACUCUGAAUCCUCCUACAGUUUUGUAUCCCAGUGGUGAGACAAUCCUUGAAGUAGAACUUGGACAAAAUAUUGAGCUUGAAUGCAAAGCCAAGUUUGGAUUUGAAAUGAAUGCUUCAUCUUCAAUACAGUGGUACAUAGAAACUAGUGAAAAUAAGGAACUAGCAUCUAAAAAAAGGGUUCAUCCAAAGGGACUAGAAGGUCAAAUCUUUAAUAAUGUUUUCACCCUGAUGGAAAUAAUGGAAAAAGAUUUAAGGAGCCAUUUCAUUUGCUUGGCUCAAAACUCCAUUGGCAACUCCACUGGCAUGUUCAGGCUUAAAAGAAAAACAGAAAAAGGUAUCUAUUUCCUUCUGGCUUUGUGCUGUACCAUCACAACACUUCUUGGAAUAAUUUUGGGAAGUACACUGGCUUACUGGCGCUGGAUUGAUCUAGUGCUUCUUUAUCGGUAUUACCUGGCCAAAGAUGAAACUAUAGGGGAUUGCAAGGAAUAUGAUGCAUUUGUGUCCUAUGCAAAGCCAGAUCCUACUGUGACAGAUAAAGCACUGUGCAAUGACGAACAGUUUGCCUUGGAGUUUCUUCCUCAGAUUUUAGAAAAUGAAUAUGGCUAUACGCUGUGUCUUAAAGAAAGGAACAUUCUUCCAGGAGGAGCAUACACUGAUGACAUCGUAAAUGCUCUCCGAAGGAGCCGGCGGGCUAUAAUGGUCCUGAGCCCUAGCUAUUUCAAAAACACAGAGUCCCUCUUUGAACUCGAAGCAGCAGUCAACACUGUACUGGACGAUAAGACCAUCAAACUAAUCCUAAUUCAGUUUGAGCCUUUCCAGGAGCCACAAUUAUUACCUCAGAAAGUGAAGAAAGUUCUCAAGAUUUUGCCCAGGAUUACUUGGGAAAUAUCUACUUCUUCUACUCCUAAUAAGCUAUUUUCGAAAAAACUGUGGUAUUGCAUGCCAGUUAAACAUACCAUAAGAGCUAAGGCCAGGAAGGUUAUGGGACAAUGAAAGUAGAAACACUUUUUCCUAAAUAAUAAUAAUAAUAAUAAUAAUAAUAAUAAUAAUAAUAAUAAUAAUAAUAAUAGUGAGGUUUUCUGGCAUUGUAUAUUUCUGCUGCUUCUGUGACUGUUCAUUUGUAUUUUGAUUCCAUAGCCCACUUUUCGAUGGAUGUCCAGAAUCAGCAGCAUCCACCGCGGUCCUUUUUAUCCUGGGCGACGACCGAGCCAGUAAAGAUUUCAUUUUGGUUUGAUUCUCCAUAAUGCUAAUGGGUUAGGUGCUCUUAGUUCCACUCCUCAGCUGAGACCUCUCUGGCUUGGUUGGACCUGCCAGUAGUUACACUACCGCCAGCACAGCUCUCUGUCAUCAUUGGAACAGUUAAGCCCCCUCCCCCCACCAUGACACGGUGGCACCUACGGGGGGGGGGGGGGUAACAUUUGGAAACAAUAAACAUUGACAAAAUUAUGAUCUGCCAACUGCAAAAGGCCACCCUACUGGGAUCUGUGCGCAUCAUUCGAAAAUACAUCACACAGUCCUAGACGCUUGGGAAGUAUUCGACUUGUGAUUUUGUGAUACGAAAUCCAGCAUAUCUAUCUUGUUUGCUGUGUCAUACAAUGUUGUUGUGUCAAUAAUAAUAAUAAUAAUAAUAAUAAUAAUAAUAAUUUAUUUAUAUCUUGCCAUCAUCUCCUGGAGAGACUCGGGGCGGCUCACAGAACACCCAAGGUGUGACAUACAAAAUACAAGUGCAAAACAAAAAAACCAAAAAAAACCCAGUCAAACAUAACAUUUAGGAGUCAUUGCCAAUUUGAACACACAACACUAGACUGAGUGGAUGGUGAAGAUCAGUAUCACAGCUUCAAAGGGUUACUGUUUUGACUGUAAAACCCAGAAUCCUUGCCCAGUCAACAUGGACAGUUAAGCUGUGUUGGUUAGGGAUCCUGGGUCAAACAAUACCAAUGAAUACCAAUGAAUACUUUUAUCAACUUUUGCUCAGUACAGAGAAAAAUUUGUAGGUUAAAAUUUGGUUAUUUUUCCUGUAUCAAUAGUAACAUAAAAUUCUUACUGAAAUAUUACAAGUAUUUUGUAUUAUGAAAAUGUUUUGGAUUUAGAAAAUAUCUGAUAAACCUCAAGAAAUAAGACAUAUAAGUAAUUAUUUUUAGGAUUUUAUGGAAUCUCAUUUCCAAUUUGGUGCAUGGUUAAUCAGUUCCACCAAAGCUAAAGGAACUAAACCCAUGUGUGUGUUUUGUAUAAAAGUUUAUUUUGGAAAUCUUUUCAUUGCAGGCUAAUGCAACAACAUCAUGUCAGAGCACCUGACAUUGUUAUUUCUUAUAUGGAUUAUCAUAGGAAAGACCAGGACUAUUGAAUAACUUUCUCAUGAAAUGUGUAGAACACCCACAAAAUGAGUUAACCGCAGUUUGGAAACUUUUAAAAAAUAAAGCUUCCAGAAUCCAUCUGUUAGCAUGGCUACUCACUACUCAUUCUAGCCAGCAUGCUAUUGAAUUUGUUGUUGAAAAAAAUAACUACCAGUAUUUGAGGCUCUGAUUAGAACUCAUGAAUACAAAAAUAAAACAGAAGAAGAGAGAAACCAUUCAAAAUAAAGGCAUAGGUAUAUAAAAAAACAGAGGUCUGAGAGGUUCAGAAUGUAAAUUACCAACACAUUUUCAUAUGUACUCAAAAGCCAAAAGAAUCUAAUAUGAACUUGAUAUAUCAGCAGCACAAGAUGUCUCAAAAAUAAAAGAAGAGCUCCUUCCUCUCCAAAUUA